GACAGUUGUGCAUGAUCAUCCUGCUUUUGACAUUGACAUAUUAUAUUAUGAGUUCAAGUUUGGUAUAAGCAUAUAUGCCAUGCCUCUUAAUGAUACAGGUUUUCACAUGUGGGGACAAUUCGUCAUUUUGUUGUGGGCAUAAAGAUACAAACCGGCCAAUAUUUAGGCCUAGGCUCGUAGAGGCAAUGAAGGGAAUUCCUUGCAAGCAGGUUGUUGCAGGGCUUAAUUUUACAGCUUUCCUUACAAGACAAGGCCAUGUUUAUACAUGUGGGGCCAAUACACAUGGACAACUCGGUCAUGGAAACACCACAGAUAGCCCAACUCCCAAAAUUAUUGAAUUUCUCAAGCAAAUUGGCUCCAUAAUUCAGAUUGCUGCUGGUCCAAGUUACGUCUUAGCUGUAACUGACAACGGAGUAGUCUACUCUUUUGGGUCAGGUUCUAAUUUAUGUCUCGGCCAUGGAGAGCAGCAUGAUGAGUUCCAACCACGUGCAAUCCAAUCAUUUAGAAGGAAGGGUAUUCAUGUAGUUCGAGUCUGUGCAGGUGACGAGCAUGCAGUGUCACUUGAUUCCAGUGGAUUUGUAUAUACCUGGGGUAAAGGGUACUGUGGUGCAGGCCAUGGGGAUGAGAUUGACAAGACUACCCCGGAACUCUUGAGCAGAGUUCAAAGCCAGCUGGCCGUGCAGGUGUGUGCAAGAAAACGGAAGACCUUUGUUCUAAUGGAUAAUGGUUUAGUAUAUGGUUGUGGUUGGAUGGGGUUUGGUAGCCUUGGGUUUACAGACAGGGGACUAUCUGACAAAAUCUUGAGCCCUCGCAUCCUUGAUAGCUUAAGACCUCAUCAUGUUUCUCAGAUUAGCACUGGGCUGUACCAUACUGUUGCUAUCACUAACUCUGGACAACUCUUUGGAUUCGGAGAUAAUGAAAGAGCACAACUUGGGCACGAUACACUGAGAGCAUGCCUCAAACCAACUGAAAUUUUUAUAGCAGAUCGAAAUGACUGAUGAGGUGAAUCUUGUUUCAGAAAACCUCUGACCUCAGGGAGAUGCCAUCUGUUUUAUGGAGCAGUAUGAUUUUCUUUCCUAAUAGAACACCUUUAGAUUUUUCACCGGCAUUUAAGAGAUCGUCGACAAACUUGUAACUGUGUAAGUAGGUAAAUAGUUUAUGUAUCAGUAUAGUGUGCUAUGUGUGUAACACGAUAGUAGUUUUUGUUAUUGAUUUUUGUGUAUUUGUUGUGGGAAAUUAGAUUCCAUAAGUGAGUUUCAGCUACAGCUUCAUUGGCCACUGGGUUUCAUCUGUAAGUUGCCUACCAAUAAAGCUUCUUUCAGUUGCUUUCAACUUUCCAUCUGUAAGUUACUGGACUUGAAGUCUUUAACAACUCAUUUAAGGGGCGACUAGUUUUAAAAUGAUUGGACUUUC